ACGAAGGUUGACAUAAUAUGUCUUGCCUUUUCCUCCCCGUCUGGUCCAAUCAGCUUCCCGUUCUACAUCUUCAACUCAGGUUUAGUGGGAGUGACCAAUCAGAUUGCCAGCCUCGGCUGUCGGCCUGCAAAUAACUUCUCAACGUCGUAAUUUUGCCUGCAUGCAUGUUUUAUAUUAUAAACUUUACCCGUAAAAUCUGUCAGCGACAAAAACAAACGGAUAGACACAUAAUGUGUUCUAUACAGCCUUGAUAAUCUAAUUAAAACUUUUUGCCUGCGUAAUUCGCCGAAGGCAUUUUGCUGGAUCUACGAAGGCUAUCUACACUGCUGGCGGCCAGAUGUCGAAUUGUCCGGCUUUUCCCACAUUUCACCGGAAUGGUCAUUUACAGGGUUGAAAUUCCAUUGUUGGAGAACAGUUUGUACAAGACAAGGGACAACCGACCAUUGGACCAACGUAUUUCUAGAAAAGCCAAAUCGCUAAAACAUGUUGCUUAAAGUGCUUUCGUGGUUUGCGUUGUGCUGUCUGGGUUUGUCGGAGCAGACACCUCCCGGGGCUUCCACCGGCGCCGUGCCCAGUGCUGCAAAAACUUUGGUAUGGGGUCCCGGACUCGAGGCAAAUAUUGUCCUUCCAGCUCGUUUCUUCUUCAUCCAGGCCGUGGACAGCUCAGGGAAGAAUUUCACGUCGUCUCCAGGGGAGAACACUUUCGACGUGAAGAUCGUGUCCCCUGCGGAACAGUUCACAAGGAUCUGGUUGCAGGUUCUGGAUCGCAGGGACGGCUCCUUUCUGGUGCGUUACAGGAUGUACGCCAGCUACACGAACCUACACGUUCACGUCCUGCUCAGCCACCAGCACGUCGCCAAGUCCCCUUUUAUCCUGAAAGGACCGGUGUACCAUGAGGGCUGUGACUGUCCGCAGCCCAGCGGGUCAGUGUGGAUGCAGGAUAUGCACUGUCCCGUGUCCUUCUCCCAGAUAGAGCAGGACCUGGCCCUGUUCCCGCGAGUGGACCCAGACCGCAACGCUGUGGAGGUCCCGGAGCGCUUCGGGCAGAGACAGAGCCUCUGCCACUACACCAUAACAGACAACAAGGUGUACAUCAAGACACUAGGGGAGCACGUGGGAUUUAGGAUCUUCAUGGAUGCCUUCCUCCUGUCUUUGACCAGGAAGGUGCGGGUUCCAGACGUGGAGUUCUUUGUGAACCUUGGGGACUGGCCCCUGGAGAAGAGAAGAGCUUCAGAGAGGCUCCAUCCCAUUUUCUCCUGGUGUGGCUCUAACGACACCCGGGACAUUGUCAUGCCAACCUACGACCUCACUGAGUCGGUCCUGGAGACCAUGGGGAGAGUGAGCCUAGAUAUGAUGUCUGUCCAGGCCAACACGGGCCCUCCGUGGAGGGAGAAGAACGCCACAGCGUUUUGGCGGGGGCGCGACAGUCGCAAAGAACGCCUGGAGCUGGUGAAACUGUCCCGUGCCCACCCUGGCGUGGUGGACGCAGCCUUCACCAACUUCUUCUUCUUCAAACACGACGAGAGCCUCUACGGGCCGCUGGUCAAACACGUCUCCUUCUUUGACUUCUUCAAGUAUAAAUACCAGGUCAACAUUGACGGCACUGUGGCGGCCUAUAGGCUGCCCUACCUUCUGGCUGGCGACAGUGUGGUUUUGAAACAGGACUCGAGCUAUUACGAGCACUUCUACGACCAGCUCAGGCCCUGGGAACACUACAUCCCUGUCAGGGCAGACCUGGCCGACCUACUGGAGAAGAUCCUGUGGGCCCGCCAGCACGACGAAGAGGCAAGGAAAAUCGCUGUGGCAGGUCAACAAUUUGCCCGAAAUCACCUUAUGGGAGACAACAUAUUCUGUUACUACUACAAACUCUUCCAGGAAUAUGCCAAGCUGCAGGUGACUCAGCCUAAGGUCAGAGAAGGAAUGGAACGGGUUGAGCAGCCGACUGAUGACCUUUUCCCAUGCCCUUGUCACAGGACACCACCGGCCAAGGAGGAAUUAUGAAAACUACAUUUCAUCUGAUAUUCCUGUGGGGCAAAAUAAUUUGUGAAGUGUGAUUUAUCAGGUUGUCAUCUGCAAAGUUUCUGCAAUUUUAUAAUAAAUAUUUUUUCACUGUU